AUGAGGACUAACAAGAUCCAGACGAUGCUUCAAUGCAUCGACAACUCGGGCGCCGCCCUUGUCGAAUGCGCCAUGGUUGUAGGCCAGAAGCGACACGCCUGUAUCGGUGACCGGAUCGUUGUCGUCGUUCAGAAGCACCGCGGCGCUGGCGACGGUGGUAUGGCCGGCUCCUCCGCUGCCAACAAGGUCAAGCGCGGUGACAUGCGCCACGCCGUCGUGGUCCGCACCAAGCAGAGGUCUCUCCGCCCCGAUGGCAGCGCUAUUCGGUUCGACGACAACGCCUGCGUCCUGAUCAACAAGGCCGGCGACCCUGUGGGUUCCCGUAUCAACGGUGUUGUCGGUGCCGAGCUGAGGAAGAAGAAGUGGAGCAAGAUCCUCUCCAUGGCUCCUAUGCACGCAUGA